AGUCUGACUACAAUCUUUCAGUAGAACAAGUUUCACCUUAAACCCCUCCCUUGGACAGAGCAUAUAAUUGAGACAGACAGAGCAGGUCAGAUCAUCAUUGCCACCAACUGCCUCUCUCUGCUGCUUGAGACUAGGUAACUGCCUGCUUCCUUCUGACUACAGCAAAACAAAAAAUCAGAAAUGGUGUCAAUGGGUAGACAGAUGCUGGGCUUGGCCCUGGCUAUCGUUGGAUUUCUGGGGACCAUCAUCGUCUGUGCUCUUCCCAUGUGGAAGGUGACGGCUUUCAUUGGCGCCAACAUUGUGACUGCGCAGGUCAUUUGGGAAGGCUUGUGGAUGAACUGUGUGACGCAGAGCACGGGGCAGAUGCAGUGCAAGAUCUACGAUUCUCUCCUUGCCCUGCCCCAGGACCUUCAGGCAGCCCGUGCCCUGGUGGUGAUUGCCAUCAUCGUGGCCCUCUUCGGCGUGCUCCUGGCCAUCGUUGGAGGGAAAUGCACCAACUUUGUGGACAACGAGGCCUCAAAAGCCAAGAUUUCCAUCGCUGCCGGGAUCAUCUUCAUUGUGGCUGGAGUUCUUGUCCUGGUCCCCGUCUGCUGGUCGGCCAACACCAUCAUCAGGGACUUCUACAACCCUCUACUGACCGAAGCUCAGCGCAGGGAGCUGGGAGCCUCCCUGUACAUUGGCUGGGGCACUGCUGGUCUGCUGAUCCUUGGCGGGGGACUCCUCUGCAGUUCCUGCCCUCCGAAGGAAGACGAGCCUUAUAAUGUCAAGUAUUCUCAGGCAAGGUCCGUGGCGACCAGCAAGGCUUACGUAUGAGACUGCUUACGAAAGGUGAAGGAAAUGUUUUUUUAAAAACAAAGGCCUUCUGAUUUAAAUAACCGUUGUGUACUCCACCAACUUUUUCGUCUUGAUAUGGCUCUCUCUUUGUAAGUGACAGUGAGGGAUCUCACUCACAUCCUGCUAUAAAAAUGAAAACAAGUUGAUGUGGAUUCACUAGAGAUCAGUCCCAAAAUUUUUGAAAUCACAAUGCAUUCUGAAUUUUUCAUUCGAAAUGGACAAUGAGAACUGUAAAUGUUGUUUUUCUACGUUUUUCACAGUGCAUAAGAAAAGUCUGAGGAAAAGUAGAAUGUAUGAACACCAAUUAAUACAAUCUGUGAUUAUACUUCAUUUAAUCUAAUCAGACCAGUAGAAUCAUAAAAGUCUUUGUGUUGAGAAGUCAAUGGUUUUACAAGCAGUCCUGUAGCUGAUGUUAAUGUCUACUGGAAAUAGCACAGAAAAUGUCAAAUAUGUCUAAUGUUCCUCUUUGCUGUUCUUAAUGGAAUAUGAGCUAUCAUUUAGUAAAUGUUAGUGUUGUAAUGCCAGUUUCAUUUUCUGUGUAAACACAACAAACUAUAACAAAAAAGAAGCAAACAAAUCUGUAAGUUGUAAGAUUAUUAUUUUUACAUUUUUAUUUAGUGAGCUUUUUUAAUAUUUUCAUGAUUGUAAUAAAGUUUAAUGAUUUCACCAUAUUUUUGUUUAAUGUGUGUUUUUAACUCAUAUGUUGAUGCUCCAGCUCAUACAAUUAUGCUUAUAAUGUAAUAUAAUUUUGAACCUCUGGAUAAAAAAAGUAAUAU